ACAGCUGAGCGGGUAUAUUGACAGCACUCCGCACGUUGCCGACCAGUUAGUAGGUUCUCUGUCACCGCCGAGUGUUCACGUACCCCACACGAUCGCGAUUAUGCCCCUCGAUAACUGAGCGGUCUCGUCCCGCUGAAAUUAUGACUUAUGGACUGAUCGUCGGGGAACAAGACAGCGGCAGAUCAUUAGUUAUAGAACGAAAAUUAAUAAUAGUUUCCAGAUAUUGGGAAGUCUUCGGCGAUAAGUCCGCCGUGAGGCUCCCGCGUCGGAACGCAAAGAAGCCACUUUUUGGACUGCUAUAAACUUUUCUGUACUUGAACAAAUUAGUCUUUAGUGUUAAGUGCAAUAGGUGAACUGUGUUUGUGUUGUUUAGGGGGAUAUUUUUUUGGAUUAGCACAAUGGUACCCCAACAAAUAUCGGAUGUGAGGUCCCUGACGCCUACAUCGAGCGGCGUCCCCGUGUUUGGGUCGCAACUGGUCGACAAAAAUUCAUCAACGCCUUACACCGAUGCCACACAGACGAAAAAGAACAACCCGAACCACAUCAAGAGGCCAAUGAAUGCAUUCAUGGUAUGGUCACAGAUCGAACGCAGAAAAAUUUGCGAACAAACGCCUGAUAUGCACAAUGCGGAAAUAUCUAAAAACUUAGGCAGGGUGUGGAAAACUUUGAAUGAUGAAGAGAGGCAACCCUUUAUUGAUGAGGCGGAAAGGCUCAGGCAGCUACAUAUGCGUGAGUACCCCGACUACAAGUACAGACCUCGUAAGAAGACGGCGAAACCAGCACAAAGGAGUGGAGCAAUAACGAAAGAAAAACGCAAACAACGGGCUGACAGUAACAACAACAGAGGUGUAUCGAGGAGACGAACGCGACAAGUUUCUGGUGUUCCAAGUGUUCCCAUGGAAACUCCCGCCCCUCCACCACUGCCUGCCUCCCCAGCGGGAGCGCCUGACUCUCCUGAAUCCGCCUGUUUCUACGAUGAUAACACGCGGCGCGAGCAGACAGACCUGACGGAGCUCUAUUCAAUAACAGAUUUGCUACCAUUACCAGCAGACUGUGAAGUCGAUCUAGAUGCAUUGACGGACAUGGAGUCUUUCGAGACGGCAUCCUCAUCUUCCGGAUCGCAUUUCGAGUUCUCAUGCACGCCGGACGUGUCUGACAUGUUAAGCGAAAUCGGCGUUGCGGGUGAUUGGGACGACCACACGUUCUCAUCGUACCUCACGUCGUCUUAA